AUGGCUUUGGUUCACAAGUUUCUGAGUAGCGCUUAUAUUUUCAGAAAAUGCCUGAAGCCAAGUGUUUCCUCAUGUCCAUUUUUGGGUAAUCGCUUUGCAGACUAUUGUUCUAGUAGUCUUCAGAAACCUGUGGCUGCUCCUGGCAAAACCUCCUCUCAAAGGAAUACUGAAGGGGAUUUGCAAGGACAUCACCAGAGAGAAGUUGCUUUGGAUAUAACCUCUCCAGAGGAAAAGCCGGAAGUUAGUUUUGAUAAGGCAAUUAAAGAUGAAAUAAAGAACCACUGUAGGCGUUUGAAGGAUGAUAUUGUGAAUUAUUGGAUCGGCCCUGAAGGCCGCCCUCUGCAUGAGGUCUUGCUGGAACAAGCCAAGGUUGUUUGGCAAUUCCGUGGAAAAGAGGACUUAGAUAAGUGGAUGGUGACUUCUGAUAAGACAAUUGGAGGCAGAAGUGAAGUGUUCCUGAAAAUGGGCAAGAAUAAUCAGAGUGCACUGCUGUAUGGAACUCUGAGCUCUGAGGCGCCUAAAGAUGGGGAAAGUGGCCGCAGUGGGUACUGUGCAAUGGUAUCCAGGAUUCCAAGGGGCCCUUUCGAGAGAAAGAGGUCUUAUGAUUGGUCCCAGUUCAACACUCUGUAUCUCCGUGUACGUGGAGAUGGUCGGCCUUGGAUGGUGAAUAUUAGACAGGACACGGAUAUAAUCCAGAGGAAGAAUCAAAUGUACAGUUACUUCAUGUUCACCCGUGGGGGGCCCUACUGGCAGGAGGUCAAGGACCCCUAG